GCUUCCUCUAGCGUGCAGCACCCUGAGCGUCCACGCGUGUUUGUGAAUGGUGAACCUUUGGUGAGUUGUGUACAAUCUCUCACACAUCGUUACCCGCGAAGGUUCUCUCUCACGCACUCAUCUGGCAGUCGGGCAUCAUCGUGCAAUAUCGUUAUGAAGGCACCUUCACAAAAGGCAGAGAAAAAAGUAGACAAAUCACCAAAAGCUGUUAAGGAAAAUAUAGAAGUCAAAACUCCAAAAUCAGCCAAGAAAAUGGGGAAAAAGUCUCCCAAAGUAGCAGAUAAUGAGACACCAAAGGCAUUUAAAAUAGAUAGCCCUCAAGUAUCCAAGGGAAACAAACAGGUGGAUGAAAACCAGAUGCAAAAAGUAGGGAAGAAGAAGAAGGAUAAGAAACAAAAACAGGAGAAAAUGGAUUUUAGCCCACAAGUGGAGACGUCUGGCAGUAAUAAAUUUGGAAAUGAGACCUCAAACGAUGCAUCUCCAAAAGGUGGAGCAAAAGAGGGCAGAGGGGGCUUCAGGGGAGGAGUACGUGGUGGCUUCAGAGGAGGCGACCGUGGUAGCUUCAGAGGAGGAGACCGUGGUAGCUUCAGAGGAGGAGACCGUGGUGGCUUCAGAGGAGGAGAUCGUGGUAGCUUCAGAGGAGACCGUGGUGGCUUCAGAGGAAGAGACCGUGGUAGCUUCAGAGGAGGAGACCGAGGUAACUUCAGAGGAGGAGACCGUGGAGGGUUCCGAGGAGGACGUGGAGGUUUCAGAGGAGGAGAACGUGGAGGUUUCAGAGGAGGAGACCGUGGAGGUUUCAGAGGAGGAGACCGUGGAGGUUUCAGAGGACGUGGAGGUUUCGGAGGAAGAGGAGGAGACCGUGACUGGACUGCACAACAAAAGGAGUUUGAUCCAUGUGGGGUCUAUGUAGCAUUCAACGAUUAUAUAGAAGGUGAUGAUGUCAAAAAGAUUUUCGAGAUUGCAAGUGCUGCCACUGAUUUCAGGAUUGGAAGAAUGGUUCAUAUGCAUUUUGACACAGAGGCACAGGCUGAUGAAGUAAAACAGAAGCUAGCAGAAAUAAACUUUGCACAUAAGCCAGAGAUUCAAAACACCUUUAAGUCAACAAUGUGGAAAAACAAGAGGCCUGCAAGUGAUGAUUCAGAGAGUAGUUCUCCUAGCAAAAAGCAGAAAGUUAAAGUGUUAGAUGAUAAAAGCAAUGAUAAUGAUGAUGAUGACGACGAUGAAGAUGAUGACGAAGAUGAAGAUGACGACGACGACGACGAUGAUGCCGUUGAUGAAGAUGAUGAUGAUUCUGAUGGACAACUAGUAGUAAAUGCAGGAAACCCUGAGGAGGACGAUGAUGAUGAUGAUGACGACGAUGAUGAUGGUGAUGACGAUGAUGACGAUGAUGACGACGAUGAAGAUGAUUAAAAUGUAUAGACAUACCUCGAUUAGCUCUGCCCAGAAGAGCAUAGGUUUUUUAUAGCACAUUCUCUUGAUUUGUUUUAUCUAUAUGUACAGCAUAAUAUGAAAUUCUGUCAUAUAUUUUUUCAAAUGGCUACAACACACUCGUUUAAUCGGUCACCCGUUUAAAUUAAUAUCUGAGAUGUACACCUCCCACUUAUUAUAAAUGAGGGAGGUGGGGAGUUGACAAAUUUAUACCAACCAUCCUUCUCCAGUUCAUAAUUUAAUGUGUGUCUGGACGUGCAUUUUUCAUAUACAAAGAAUGUGAGAAUACUGUAGGUAUUUAUAGAAUGUUGUAUAAUACUGUAGGUAUUUAUAGAAUGUUGUAUAAUACUGUAGGUAUUUAUAGAAUGUUUUAUAAUUUUUCCAGUUAACCCAUGCCAUUUUAACAUGUCAUCAUUAAUAUAUUAUAAUGUUGAAAAUGCAUUUCUAUAAGAAUUGCUAUAGUGACUGAAAGUGUUGGUUCAGUAAGAAAUCCCACUUCCAGGAACUUCCACCCCCAUGCCCCAUUUACCUUCCGCUCUGCUAACUGGGGUAUGCCUUGUACAAUAACAGUUUCAAAUGUUGUUAGGAUAUUGUUUAUAUAAACAUUAUAAUGCAUAAAUAUGUAUUAAUACAUAGAUAUGUAAA